AAAGAGCCUAAAGUGCGAUAUUGACCAGUUAACCUUGGUUAGUAAUAUAUGUAUGAGUACAUAUCCGUAAAUAUAGAACUGAAUUUGCAUAUAUAUAAUUAUUUAUGUGUGUGUGUUUGUGCAAAAGACUGUGGAAUUUAACGGCCUUUUUUUAAACCCUAAUGCAUGCAUCUACCUCUUCGAUAGUCCCAUCGAACCUUAAGGAACAACAAUGACCACCUGGGCUAGCCUUCCCUCAUCUCCAAGACCGGGGAGAGGAGCAGGAGUCCCCUCACUCUGCCUUCGCUUCCCUUGAGCGGAGUCUCUCUGGUUGACGCCCGAGGAAAGGCACGCGCGGUCACUCAGCUGAGACGAAUUUACCGGGAGAGAGUGUGUGAAGAAAUAAGGAUGACGAGUAUCCUCGCCGACUGGAUGCCUUUGGGCCCACUCACGGACGAGGAAAUUUAUGGCACAGGAGUCAGUAUCAAAGAAGAGCUCAGCGAAGAUAUUUCCGAAGAUACUUGUAUUGAAAUUAAAGAAGAACCGUUUGAUUAUGCAGAUAAAGAGAGGGAUGAGGUGAACGACGAGAAAGUGAAACAUAAAUGUCUCUUCUUUCAUAAUCUCGAUGAACUAAAACAUAAAUCAAAUGCGAAGAACACGUGUAAGUUGGUUGAGGAUCGUAAUGGCGUGUUGUUUAGAGCGCCAUUUGUGGCUGAGAAUUCUCUGAAUAAGAUUUCAUCAGAUUGUGAUCAGGCGAUACACAUUGAAAGUCUUAAGCAGGAUACACAGCCAAAAGUGGAAGCUACAUUGAAAAGUAUUGCAUGUGAAGUAUAUGGCAAGAAAUUCUCACAAAAGAGAAAUAUCAACAUUAACAUGAGAGUUCACAAAAAGGAGAAGAUAUUCAGCUGUGAGAUUUGCAGCAAGGCCUUCUCUAAGAAAAAUACUCUAGGAAGGCACAUGAGAGUACAUACAAAUGAGAAGCCAUUCAGCUGUGAGAUUUGCAGCAAGGCCUUCUCUCUGAAGGAAACUCUGGUAGAGCACAUGAGAGUACAUACAAAGGAGAAGCCAUUCAGCUGUGAGAUUUGCAGCAAGGCCUUCUCUCAGAAAGGCCAUCUAGCAAGGCACAUGAGAGUACACACAAAAGAGAAGACAUUCAGCUGUGAGAUUUGCAGCAAGGCCUUCUCUCUGAAGGGUACUCUAGUACAGCACAUGAGAGUACAUACAAAGGAGAAGCCAUUCAGCUGUGAGAUUUGCAGCAAGGCCUUCUCUGAGAAAGGUACUCUAGUAAGGCACAUGAGAGUACAUACAAAGGAGAAGCCAUUCAGCUGUGAGAUUUGCAGUAAGGCCUUCUCUGAGAAAGGUACUCUAGUAAGGCACAUUAGAGUACAUACAAAAGAGAAGCCAUUCAGCUGUGAGAUUUGCAGCAAGGCCUUCUCUGAGAAAGGUCAUCUAGUAGAGCACAUGAGAGUACAUACAAAGGAGAAGCCAUUCAGCUGUGAGAUAUGCAGCAAGGCCUUCUCUCAGAAAGGUCAUCUAGUAAAGCACAUGAGAGUACAUACAAAGGAGAAGCCAUUCAGCUGUGAGAUUUGCAGCAAGGCCUUCUCUCAGAAAGGUACUCUGGUAAAGCACAUGAGAGUACAUACAAAGGAGAAGUCAUUAAUGUAUGAAAUUUGCAACAAUGCUUUUCACGAAGAAAUUAUCUAAUUAGACAUACAAGAGUACGUGAUAUUGCAACACAGGGAGUAACCUUACUGCUGUAACUUUUGCAAUAAAGCCUCACUUGAAAUUAGCCUAGUGAACUAUAUGAUGUUACAUACAAAGGAGGAGCCAUACUGUUGCGUGAUAUGCUACAGUUGUAAAAUAUAUAAUAACUAGUCUAUCGAGCUAUUAGAGAGUACACACAAAGGAGAAGCCAUAUAAUCUCCUAGCGCAACACAUAUUAACCCAAAGAAGACAUUUCUUGGGGAACACGUGACGGUAUCAAAUACCAUUAUAUUUCAUCUAAAAGGAACGAACUAUUGGGAAAGAAAUAUUUUAUGUUUUAUAGAAUCUUCAGAAAUAUGCUAUGGAUACCAUUUUUGACAGAGUUCUUUAAGGAAAAAUAAACUUUUAUGCGUUA